AUGGGAGCUGAAGGGGGCCUGUGGGAUGAGGGCCUGGCACUCCUGCUGCCCCCAACCACCCUGGCAGCCUUGGCAGACAGCUGGCUUCGAGAGGACUGCCCAGGGUUCAACUAUGCAGCCUUGGUCACGGGGGCAGCCCCCACGCAGGCGGUGCUAUGGGCCAAAUCCCCCGGGGUACUGGCAGGGCGGCCUUACUUUGAUGCCAUCUUUGCUCAACUCAACUGCCAGGUCUCCUGGUUCCUUCCUGAGGAAUCAAAGCUGGUGCCAGUGGUUAAGGUGGCCGAGUUCUAGGGCCCUGCCCACUGCCUGCUGCUGGGAGAACGCGUGGCCCUUAACACACUGGCCCGCUGCAGUGGCAUCGCCAGUGCUGCCACCACUGCUGUGGAGGCCGCCAGAGCGACUGGCUGGACUGGGCAUGUGGCUGGCACAAGGAAGACCACGCCGGGCUUCUGGCUGGUGGAGAAAUACGUGCUCCUGGUGGGCAGGGCCGCCUCACACCGCUAUGACCUGGGAGGGCUGGUGAUGUUGAAGGGCAACCACGUGGUGGCAGCUGGUGGUGUGGAGAAGGCGGUGCAGGGGGCCUGGCGGGUGGCCGACUUUGCCCUGAAGGUGGAGGUGGAGUGUAGCAGCCUGGAGGAGGCCAUGGAGGCGGCUGAUGCGGGCGCCGACCUUGUCCUGCUGGACUACCUCAGGCCGGAGGAACUGCACCCCACAGCUGCUGCGCUGAAGGCCCAGUUCCCCAGCGUGUCUGUGGAGGCCAACGGGGGCAUCACGCUGGACAACCUCUCUCAGUUCUGCGGGCCCCACAUUGACGUCAUCCCUUUGGGAAUGCUGACCCAGGCUGCACCCGCCCUCGAUUUCUCCCUCAAGCUGUUUGCUGAAGGGGCCACUCCAGUGUCCCGCACCCGCUGCUCCUAA